AAAGGCAAUACGCCAGUACACUCAUGUUUAUUAGAGAAAAUUGACAAUAUAAAAAUGAAUGAUCUAACGUAUGAUGAUCCUUUAGCCAAUGGAGUAAUCGAUCUUGGGUGUAACUACUUCCAGGUUGCUAAAAAAGAAUUUGAUGUUCUUCUGAGAGAGAAGGCUGGAAUAAAAAAAUUAAAUAAAGAAUUGUCAAUAAAAAUUUUAUGUGCUGAUUUUGUUGAACCAAUAUACAUAAGAGAGGAAGUAGCACAUAAUCUUUUGAAUAUAAUUUUGCAAGAAACCAAGAUGGACAUCCAUCAAAUCUCUAAAUACUCAGAAAACACACUUGUAGAAAUAAUUGGUCAUUUAAUAGAUACGGCUAUGUGUAACUUACUAGUUAAAUUUGACGUUAAAGUGAUCAGACCAGAUUUAAUGAUAAAGGCAUUUUUUCAAAGAAAAUGGAAUGAACUUGCAUACGUUGAAAGUGGAAGGUGGAAAUCUAACGAAGACAAAAU